AAUAUCUUCAAGACUCCCCCAUCUCCUCGCCCGUAGAACUGAAACGAGAGCUGCCCAAAUAUCUCCCGGCCCUUCAGGGCUGCCGUAGCGUGGAAGAAUUCCAGUGCCUGAACCGGAUCAAGGAAGGGACUUACGGCGUGGUGUACAGAGCCAAAGACAAAAAAACAGAUGAAAUUGUGGCCUUGAAGCGAUUAAAAAUGGAGAAGGAAAAAGAAGGUUUUCCUAUUACUUCCUUAAGAGAGAUCAACACCAUCCUCAAAGCUCAGCACCCAAAUAUUGUCACUGUUAGGGAGAUUGUCGUCGGUAGCAACAUGGACAAGAUCUACAUCGUGAUGAACUACGUUGAACAUGACCUCAAAAGCUUGAUGGAAACCAUGAAGCAGCCUUUUCUGCCAGGGGAAGUGAAAACUUUGAUGAUUCAAUUGCUCCGAGGAGUAAAACACCUCCACGACAACUGGAUUCUGCACCGGGAUUUGAAAACGUCUAACCUGCUCUUGAGUCACACUGGGAUUUUAAAAGUUGGAGAUUUUGGACUAGCCAGAGAAUACGGUUCUCCCUUAAAGCCGUACACCCCGAUUGUCGUGACGUUAUGGUACCGAGCGCCCAAGCUCUUACUCGGAGCCAAGGAAUAUUCCACAGCCAUCGACAUGUGGUCCGUGGGUUGCAUCUUUGGGGAGCUGUUAACCCAGAAGCCGCUUUUCCCGGGGAAGUCCGAAAUCGACCAAAUUAAAAAGUUUUUAAAGACUUGGGAACGCCUCUCGGAUCAAGGAUUUGAUCUCAUGAAUAAAUUCCUGACCUACUACCCUGGGAGAAGGAUCACUGCCGAAGACGGCUUAAAGCAUGAAUAUUUCUGUGAGACCUCACAGCCCAUUGACCCCUCCAUGUUUCCAAUGUGGCCGGCCAAAAGCGAACAACAGCGUGUGAAACGAGGCACAAGCCCGCGACCCCCAGAAGGAGGACUCGGGUACAGUCAGCUGGGUGACGAUGACAUUAAAGAUACUGGUUUCCAUUUGACGACCACGAACCAAGGCGCGUCAGAUGCAGGGCCCGGAUUCAGCCUGAAGUUUUAAGACGGAGGGGUCGAAGGCGCGAUCUUUCAAGAGGACCCCAGAAGGAAGGGAGUUUGUGUUCUCUGGGGGAACGAAAAAGCAUCAGGCUACGCCGAUUACUGUUUUUUCUUGCAGAAUAUUCUCUGCAGUUGGGACCAGCUUCUGGAUCAAAGUAGAGAAA